AUGUCACGAAACAUCUCCCUCAAGCAUUUCCUCGAGUACCUCAAAGCCUUCAACGCAAAGGACUACAAUCUCCAACAUAGCUUCUACCAUAAAAAUGUCACUCUUGCGAUUCCCGAUCCCGAGAUUGGAACCCUCAUUGGCUCCAAUGGUAUCAUGAACCAUUAUGCCACAGUACACGCGAGCGCCAAAGAGACCGUCGUACCUAUGUUUGUUAUCAUGGAUGAGAAGAGAAUAUUCCUUAACAUGGAAGCCUACUUCUGCUAUACCAAAGCUACCGACAAGGCUGUUCAUAGUCAUAAGACGAAGCCGGGGAUGUGA